AGGAUCCAUCACCUUAGGAACAGGCGCGAUACACAAUGGCGUGGUUAUUUAUGACUGGGGUGUUGUUCUCAAUGACUGGGACACUCAAUGGUGUCAUAUGUCAUUGCAACACUGCAUGUGCCUGUGCCUGUGCCGUGUUCCCCUCUACUCCCUGUAGCCAGGUCGGUGAUCCAGACAGAUGUCAGGAAGGAUGGUUCGGUUCCUACUGCCAGAAACAGAAUAUUGCAUUGGGAAGAAGUGCCACACAGAGCAGUACCUACAGUGAAAACAGUGUCAAAACAGGGAAUACACAUCAGGUUUUCGAGGCCAGGUACGGCGUGGAUGGUAGAGCUACCAACGACUUCUAUAGUAGACCAUUCACAUGUACACAUACAUUAGGGGGAGACUCAACAUGGACGGUGUUCCUGAACAUCUCAAAUACAGACAAGAUACAACACGUGAAACUGUAUCUGCGUAAUACGGACCAAGACCGAAACAAUGGUAUGAAAAUAUAUGUUAGAGGAAAGCUUUGCUUCCAGUGGCCAAGGAAUACCCAUCCGCCAGAUAUAGCUGAUGUCAAAUGUCAACAAGCACUGACAGGAAACAACCUGGCCAUACGAACAAGCAAUAUUAUCACGUUGUGCGAGGUACAGAUAUUUGUUUGUAGUGACGGCUGGUUUGAUGAGGAUUGUGACAAACAGUGUCACUGUUCACUAAACACAGAAGUAUGUGACAAGAUCACUGGGCAGUGUCUGAGUGGAUGUGCGCCAGGAUACAUGGGCCCAGACUGCCAAACAGAGUGUCCAGACGGUUACUAUGGGGACUGCACCUCCAGGUGUGGAAACUGCCUCAAUGCUACCUUUUGUGACAAGACUACAGGCAUCUGUCCUGGAGGUUGUGCAGCAGGGUGGCGAACUGACACCUGCCUUCAACCAUGCCCAGAUGGUUACUAUGGUCCUAACUGUGGCUUCCAGUGUGGAAGCCGUGUGGAUGGUGAUGUUUGCAUCAGGACAAAUGGAACGUGUCCAAGAGGAUGUGCAGCAGGGUGGUUCAGCGACAGGUGCAAUCAGCAAUGCGCUGAUGGUAUGUACGGGGUUGACUGUAUGUCACGAUGUGGUCAGUGUAAAGACACCUUAAGCUGUGAUAAGUCCAGUGGAGAAUGUCCUGAGGGAUGUCAGGGUAACUUCAUGAAGCCCCUGUGUCAAGGCUGUACAGAGUGUUCGGCAACAUCAGGAUCCUCAGACCAGGGAGUGGCAGUUGCAGCAACACUUGGGACACUUCUCGCCUUGACAGCCAUCGCUCUGUUGGCAGCCAUCAUAUACAUUUAUAAGAAAAGAAAAG